CGCAGCCUCUGAGUGAACGAUGAUUGGUGCAAACUUUGGAUAGUCUUGCAACUUUUUUAGAGUUUUUGUAGCCUAAAACUUAAGCAACGGAGAGCGCGCGCGUCUGAAGGCUCUCUCUCUCAUGUUUCCAUGUGGAAUACAGCUAUAGUUAUUUCGCCCCGGAAUGAUUUCAGCUAAUUAUAAAGGCAAAACGUCUUCCGAUGAAGAAGAUGAUGAUCAGGGUUCACGGUCAUCUUCAGUCCGGACGCAAAGUCUCCCGUUCAGCGUCGAAGCCCUCAUUUCGAAGAAAGGACGGAAUGAAUCAUGUUCACGAGAACCGAUUCCGAUGUCAUGCUUAAUAAACCCGGACGAUCGAUCGGUGAUCUAUUCAGAGUCAGUGGAUUUCCCCAAACGCUGUGAAUCUGUCAGAGAGGACUCUUCCUGGAUCAAUAAACCCAGGUCCUCACCACGAGCACAGAGUCCCGCAACAUGCACUCUCCGAAAGCACAAGACGAACCGUAAACCCCGAACCCCUUUCACCACCGCUCAGCUCUUGGCCCUGGAGAGGAAGUUUCGUCAGAAGCAAUACCUGUCUAUCGCAGAACGUGCCGAGUUCUCCAGCUCUCUCAGCCUGACCGAGACCCAGGUGAAGAUCUGGUUCCAGAACCGAAGAGCGAAGGCCAAGCGGCUGCAGGAGGCAGAGCUGGAGAGGCUCAAAAUGACCAGCAAACCCAUCUUACAUCCCGGCCUCAGUCUGCCGUUUCCACUCUGUACACAGACCCAGACAGCAGCUCUCUUGUGCGGACAGUCUUUCCCCUUCAGCAGACACAUGAUGCCCUUUGCACCUGUAGGAAUAUACUCCACACCGGUGGGUUACAGCGUGUGUCCUCUCUCCAAAGACGGCUUCUCUGUGGAGCCAAUCUAGAGGAUCCAACUGAUGGAAACACUUCUGGUUCAUCUGCUGGACAUAUUGACAUUUUUUAUGUUUGAUAGGGAGUUGUAAAAUUUUAUAUAUGCUUAGGAUUACUUACAUUUUAGUUUUUCAUCUUCAUUUUUGAAUGCAGCAUUACACUCUCAAAAAUCUGUGAUUUUUGCAACUUUUGAUAAAGUGACUCGAACGAUAAGGAGCCAUCUAAAUUACACAAAAUAAGGAAACCAAAGAUGCAUAACAUUAAACACAUCACAUGAAUUAAGUUAGCUGCUAUUCGCAAUCACUCAAUUUAACAAUAAUUUAAUAAUUGUUAAUUAAUUAUAUACCUUGUUAGCUUACACCUGCAAUUGUUGAUCAGUACACU